AUGAGUGACAUAGAGGGCCAACCCAGUGAAAAGACAGCGACAGUCUCUACGAUUGUAGACGAUGAAGCCCGCCCGGAUGUCUUUUCCUCCACCACUCAGGAGAUCUUCUUCAUCGCUGUCGCAACAAUGGCCAUUGCCAUGUCGUCUCUACUCCAAGGCGCCAUCAUCGUCAUCACCGCCCAGGUUCAAGAUGACUUGGACAUGACCACGGCCGAACUCACCUGGUUGACGGGCUCAUCUUCGCUGGCAUGCGGCUCAUUUCUGCUCUUCUUCGGUCGCCUGGCAGAUCAAUUCGGUCGCAAGAUUCUCUUCAUCGGCAGCAUGGUGCUCUUCGCGGUCUUUGCCCUUGCAGCUGGCUUCGCCCGGACGCCCCUUCAACUCGACAUUCUGAACGGCGUCAUGGGCCUCAUGUCUGCGGCCUCUGUGCCACCUGCCCAGGGCAUGCUGGGAAACAUCUACCAGCGCCCCUCGCAGCGGAAGAAUCGAGUGUUUGCGUGCUUCAGUGCGGGGAACCCGAUGGGCUUUGUGUUUGGGACGAUUUUUUCCGGCGUUGCGACGCAGAUAUUCAAUUGGCGAGCGAGCUUUUUCUUGCUUGCCAUCAUCUACGUCGUCGUGGUGGUCAUCGCCAUGUGCACGAUGCCGGCUGAGCAAAGCCAGAAACAGACGCUGUCGCUGGAGUCGUUGAAGAAGUUUGACGUCGUGGGCACGGUGCUUACUGUGGCGGGGAUUGCCAUGUUCUCGGGGGCUUUGAGUCUGGGAUCAGAUGCCCCCUCAGGGUGGAAAACACCGUAUGUCCUCGUCCUCCUCAUCCUCGGCGUAUUAUGCCUGAUCGCCUUUGUCGUCUGGGAACACUGGUACGACCACCCCCUCGUCCCCAUGACCAUCUGGCGAGACCGCGACUUUUCUCUCGUCAUCGCCAUCCUCCUCAUGGGCUUCCUUGCCUUUCCCAUCAUGACCUUCUGGAUUGCCCUCUACAUGCAGCAGAUCAGACACUACUCCGCCCUGCUGGUAGCCGUCCACCUCCUCCCCAUGGCCAUAGGCGGGAUAAUCGUCAACAUCAUCGCAGGGCUAAUCAUGCACCGCGUCUCGAACACGCUCCUCAUGACCGUCGGCGCAACCGCAUACGUCGCUUCCUUCCUGCUCAUGGGCCUCCAGCAUUCAGAUAUUAGUUACUGGGCGUUCAUCUUCCCGGGCCUGAUUCUCGCGGUCGUGGGCGCGGAUUUUGAGUUCUGCGUCGCGAACAUGUACGUGAUGAGUUCGCUGCCGGCCGAGCAGCAGAGUGUUGCCGGGGGCAUAUUCCAGACGGUUACCAAGUUAUGUGUGACGAUUGGGAUGGGGAUUAGCACGGCUAUUUUUGACGCGGUGCAGGCGAGGGGGGUUGCGGAUAGUGGAUAUUUCAAGGAUGAUCCGAUUGAGCCGUAUGCUGCGACGCUGUUGUACUGUGCGGGGGUUGCGGCGUUGGGAGUGCCGCUGUGUGCGUUUUUACGUAUCAAGACGCAGGGUCACACUGGCAAAAGUGUGGAGUAG